AUGACCAAAGAGAUCGAGACUCUGAUGACUUUGCAGAACGAGAGCUUUAACUAUUCAUGCUAUCCUGAAAGUUAUAUCAUGGACUCCUGGAACUACUUGGACAUUAACGAGAGCAGCAAGACUGUCUUCCAUGAUGCUGUUAAGAUUUCAAAAGAUCAGAAGACAUCCUGUUCACAGGGAAACACUGCAUUCAAACCAAUGGAUAGGACAUCCAAUGGCUCAUCUCCGGAGCUGACGACGCUACAGAACACCCACAUCAUGAAGCUGCUGUCUGAGAACAUUUCCUCCAACCAAUUGCAAGUCACCAAACAGAUGUCUCCUGGAGGGACCAGCUACGUCCAAGCCGUCGCAGGCGACAGCUACGACAAGCAAGUCAUCAACAACAUUUUUGAUUCUCUUCUGACCAACUCUAAUCAAAAACUGUGGAGUUCUGAUGCCUACACGGACAACAACACUGAAGCUCUGGGAUACAAUGACUUUGCGGGCCACUCAAGUCCUGAUUACUCCGAUUCCUACUCAAACUCUCCUCCCGAGACAUUCAGGAAUGAUUUCCAGUUCAUCCUUGGAGCGCCACAAGCUUUCCAAACCAAGACUACCGAAUUGCCCAUGGUGUACCUGAACAAGGGCCAGUUCUACCCCAUCACUUUGCAGGGAGUGGAAAAAAGUGCUGGGAUCCCAUGCAGCAAAGUAAAGACGGUAAUCAUGGCGGUGUUCGACAAUGAGAAAAGUCCAGAGAUGCAGCUGAAAUAUUGGAAUCACUGGCACGCACGGCAGCCAACCGCUAAGCAAAGGGUCAUUGAUAUUGCCGAUUACAAAGAAGUCUUCAGUGGCAUCAGCAACGUAGACGAAGUCGCUUUCAACGCCUUAUCCUUCAUCUGGAACACCAAUGAAGAGGCGAAGGUGCACAUCGGCAUCAAUUCCCUCAGCACGGACUUCUCCUCCCAGAAGGGUGUUAAAGGCGUCCCUCUCCACCUGCAGAUCGAUACGUAUGACUUCAGCUCUGGUACCAACCGCCUCAUACACCGAGCUGCCUGCCAGGUCAAGAUCUUCUGCGAUAAGGGAGCGGAGAGGAAAAUGCGAGAUGAAGAACGUAAACGGUCCAAGAGGAGAACCAAAAACAGCGCCGACUCCACCAAUAACGGCUCGGCUAAACAGACCCUGAUUUCGAGCUCCAUCGGGAAGGACUGCACCUUCUUAAAGGUGCUGGAGGACCACGUCACACAGCCUGUGCUGUUCAUCCCCGAGACGCACUACAGCACCAUACAGCGCUUGAUCCCCCCAACCAGCUCAGACGACGGCGAGAGGAGCUCGUUAAAGCGCGUGGGCUUCUUCCCGGACUCGGCCGAGCAGUCGGGUUCACCUCCCAGCAAACAGGCACGCAAGGACGAGCAAAGAGUCCUUCUGUACGUUCGUCAAGAGUCCGAAGAAGUAUUCGAUGCCCUCAUGCUGAGCUCGCCCACCCUGAAAGGACUGCGACAAGCGAUUUCCGAAAAGUACGGCCUGCUCGAAGACGCCAUCGGGAAAAUCUUCAAGAAAUGCAAACGAGGAAUUUUUAUCAACAUGGACGAUAACAUAAUCGAACACUACAGCAAUCACUCGGCCUUCCUCAUCGAGAUCUCCAAAGACAUGGUCAAUCAGUUCCAGAUCACGCUCAUGGAAUUAUGAGUAAAGUCUUCCUCCAGCAACACAACUUUUGCCCCUUCAAGUCCUGUAGGCGCCAACCUGCCGAUCAGAAAGCACUGCCCGCUCUCAAGAGAGAGUCUAACAUGA